AAAGCAAAGCCGUUUUUUUCCUCUUUUCUCUAUAAAGGCUCGUUCAUGCACCAAACAAAUAUCCUAUCUUAGUGACUUCAGAAAAAAAGAAACUUCAAAAAUUUCUCUUCAAUAUAAGCCUCCGCAAGAAGUUUCUCAGAAACAGUUUUCUCAAGAAAAGACUUGAAUUUUCCUCAAAAUACCACAAAAUUCUCUGACCUACCAAACAAAUUAAACCCAUAUUACAGGAUUUCUACAAAAACUAAAACUUAAUAGAGAAGAAUCAGAUCUGAGAAAAAAAACUGCAAUGUGUCUGGUGUGUUUAUGUGAUGAGGAAGAGACAGAGUUAGGGAGACAACAAGCACCUGGAUCGUGUCCUUAUUGUGGAGGUAAAGUGCAAAUGCUUGAUGUUGAAAGAAAAUGGAUGUUCUGUUUCGUUCCUCUUUGUUUCAAGAUCAAGAGGAAGUACUUGUGUUCUUCUUGCGAUCGUCGUCUCGUUUUGUAUCAUUAAAAUAAUAAUAUUGUAGUUUCUUUUUUUAUUAAUGUCCUUUCUUAAUAAUUAAAGUAAAUUAAUUAGCGUUUUAAUCAAGGGAAAUAAUUUUAGUCGGUGGUUUUUGGUAUGGUUAGUAUAUCUAGUCGUGUAAACCGACAUUGAUCUUUUAGAAGUGUUGUAGAACUCUCUCGAUUCAAAUUUGAUGUACUUUUCCUUUGUCUUCAAGUGGCUUCUCAAGUCGAUCCAAAUUAAAAUAUAUUCAAUAUUAUAUGUGUAAUUGUGUUGUUAAUGUAAUGAUGAAUCUCAAGUUUGGUGUAA